AUGGAGAAAAGUACGUCAGCUACGAAUACUAUCAUUCUAAAGCAGAGAGAACCAAAAGGAGAACAACGUUUAAUGCGUAAUAAUGACACUCCAAUAUAUACGUUAGAGACUGUCCAUUCACUUGAUUGGAAAUUAUUUAGGUGGUUGGCUUCCUUGCAAAAAGUUGAAAAUUUUAUUUAUUUAUUUAUCGUAAUUUGGAAUUCUAUUUUAUUACGAAAUAAUCCACAAAUUUUACAAGAAUUUAUCGAUGAUACCAAUAAUAUGGUUGAGUCCGUAAAAGAAUUGGCUACCUUAAAAGCACUCCAUACUGCGCAAAGUAAUGUAUAUAUUAGCAAUUUAAUAGAAUAUAAAAAUUCUCGCUGCGACGACAAUCGUGUAUUGAAAAAAAGGUUAGCCGAUAAUGCUUGGGCAGAAUUAGAAGAUAAUAAAUUAAAAUAUUCACAUUCUUUUGAGGAACAACUACUACAUUUAACGUCUGAUCAAAAAAUGUUUUUACGACAAACGAUCUAUCAUAGAAUGAAUUCUUUUCGAGUAACUGCGACAAAAAUACAAAAUGCAUGGAAAAAAGAAGUAGGAAACUUACAAGAACAGAUAAAGUCCUUGAAAGAAGAAAAUUCACAACAACAAGCGGCUCUUGGAAAUGUAAUAAAUGUAUCUUGGGAUGAUGAUGAUUCCAACAGUACAGCAAGAUUAAUUUCUGAUAUUGAAGAAUUACAGGAUAUGCUAACAGACUUUACAAUGGUUCAGGGAAGUGAGUUUAUAGUUAAUAAAGAUUCUGCAACAAACCUUUUAAAGAAUUAUAACUGUCAAACGAAAUAUCCAACACAAACGCAUUUACAAAAUGCACGUUCAGAAAACAUUGAUCCAAUUGAAAGUGAUAUUGUAAAUACUACCGAAAGUUUAAUUAGAUAUACCGAAUUAUUUAGAAAGAAACGUAAAGGAAAUGAUGAUAUAACUAAAAUUACACCAAUCAAAAUUCGCCAACACGUUUAUUCUGCACUUGGUUGUCGCGGAUUUUCAGAUGAUGAAAAUCCUUUAAUUAAGAGAACGGCAAAUAAAUUGUUGGAUGAAAUGAAUCAAUUUAGACAAGUAUUGGAUAAAGAAACUAACGAUGAAUUAAUUGAUCUAGCUCUUAAUAUAACUCGUGAAAUCAUUAAUAUAUUUUGUUUUCGUUUAAAAACACAAGCUUCUGAAUUGCAACAUAAAUUUUUCCAAGCUGGUCAAGCCAUAGACGUUCGCCAUAUGCAAGGAAGUUUUGGACGUGAAGAAGCUAAAAAAUUGGAGGUGGAAAUUUGUGGAUUUCCUUGCAUCGGUGUGUUUGAUAAUGAUCAGAAAGUAUUUACGAAGGCUCAAGUCAUAGCAAGACAAAAAAGAAGCAAUAGUGUUGAUUCUAUUGUCAAUACCAUGAAAAGCAUGUAG